UGGACAAAUGUAAAUUCUGGUUGGAUAAAGUCAGUUUUUUGGGGCACGUGAUUUCUGGUGAAGAUAAGGCCAAAGAAACUAUGGGAGUUGAUGCAGAUCCAUUCCCUACCAUGUCUGUUGGGGUGAAUGCGGCAGAUCUCAAGAGCAUUGCCAGGGACAGAACUCAGACAUACUAUAGGCGUAGACUUACAGUUGAUGAUCUGAGGUGGGUCAUCGAGGAGACCAGGGCCGGCAGAAAUCAGGUUAGAUCAGGCUUAUACCAAAGGAGACAGCCCAGGGGGCAAAACUCAACUCAACAGAAAGAUAAUGCAAAUCAGGGAACUGCGAUAUCUGGAAACGCAGAAAAGCCCAGAAUGGUGAAGCCACCACUCAGAUCUCCAAGCAAACGGUGGGAACGUGUGGUGCAUCCAAAAUUUCCUAAGGGUCAGAAUCCAAGGACCUUGAGGAGGCGUUUACAACGCAAAAGGGCAGCAGAAAGACACCGACAGCAGAUUACAGACUCGGGGGACAUGGCAGAUCAAGCUCAGCCGCUCCCAGCAAGAAGAAAAUCAGUGUGGGUCCGUAAAGAAAAAGGGAGCACAUCUGAUCAGAAUGCUCUAGAAAAGGAGGAACCACUUAGAAGUCCAACAUCACCUUUAGUUCUGGUUGUGGAAUCAAAUGAAGAAACCGGUUUGAAGGCAAAAUUUGACAUGUCAGAUGAAGUGAAAAUUUCAUCAAAUAUAAUUCAUUUUGGUGAGUUUUCCGUGAAUCUAUCUUGCUUGGUGAUCACUCUCCCUUUAGUCUUUCAAGCAAGAGAGCAGUCAGAAUCUGUAGUCUGUCACCAGACAGAUUUGAAUGAGGAAGAAGAAGUCAUCGAGAUCCCAGCUAAGGAAGAUAGUGGCAUGGAUUCAGCAGAUAAAAUCAUUUUUGAAAAACCAGAAGAGAGGAUGGCCAGACAUAUCAGGCCAUUAUACAUUCAUGCACAUCUGGAUGGUAUGCCGAUAAAUCGAGUUCUGGUUGACAAUGGAGCAAUUGUUAAUGUUUUGCCAACUUGUAUUAUGCACAAAAUUGGUAAAUCUUUGGGUGAUUUAAUGGAGACAGAAGUGACAAUCAGUGACUCUACUAGUGGGGUAAAUCGCUCAAGGGAAAUUCUGCCGGUAGAACUGACCGUUGGAAAUAGAACUCUCAUGUGUGCAUUCUUUGUGGUUGACACCAUUGCCACUUAUAAUGCAUUGCUUGGGAGAGAUUGGAUACAUUUCAGCUGGUGUGUUCCUUCAACUCUGCAUCAAAAAUUGAUAUUCUGGAAUGGUGGCAGAACUAAAGUCGUGACAGCAGAUGACAAGCCGUUCAUGGCAAGUACCAAUGCAGUGGAAGCUCGUUAUUAUGAUGAAGAUAUUGGGACUAUCCGUUUCUUUGGGAUGGACCGCUAUGGCAGACCUUCUGGAAUUACUGCCUGCACCAGAUCUGCAAUGGACAGACAGACAGACUGUGAAAGAGACAGAUCUGAAGUAGUCUAUGAAGGUGAAGAGGAAGAUUUGAAGGAUCAGAUAACACUGGAGGAAUUAGAUCUGGCAUUAGCAAAACUUGAUGAUCUGAAGGCAAAAUCGCCUAGACGAAUGUCUCCCGAAGUGACUUUAAAAGUUAAAGAAGAGAUAGAGCGGCUGUUGAAGGUUGGUUUCAUCAUAACUUCUAGAUAUGUGGAAUGGUUAUCUAAUGUGGUUCUUGUGGUUAAAAAGAAUGGCAAGCUGAGAAUUUGUGUGGACUUCAGAAAUCUGAAUCUGGCAACACCAAAAGAUGAAUAUCCUAUGCCUAUUGUAGAUUUAUUGGUGGAUGGUGCAGCACGCCACCGAAUUCUGUCAUUCAUGGAUGGCCACAGUGGGUACAACCAGAUUUUUAUAGCAGAAGAGGACAUUUCAAAGACCGCUUUCCGCUGCCCAGGAGCUAUUGGUACGUAUGAAUGGGUAGUAAUGCCAUUUGGUUUAAAAAAUGUGGGUGCAACUUAUCAAAGAGCCAUGAAUGCCAUCUUUCAUGACAUGAUUGGUCGUUUUAUGGAAAUUUAUAUUGAUGAUGUGGUUGUGAAAUCUAAUGAAGAUGAAGAACAUCUAGAGCAUUUAAAGCUGGCUUUUGAAAGAAUGAGAAAGCAUAGUCUGAAGAUGAAUCCUUUAAAAUGUGCAUUUGGUGUUUCUGCUGGAAAUUUUCUGGGAUAUCUGGUGCAUGAGCGAGGUCUGGAAGUGGAUCAGAACAAGGCAAAUGCUGUUAUUGAAGUACAGCCGCCAAGAAGUAAAAAGGAAUUACAAAGAUUCCUUGGGCAAGUGAAUUUUCUGAGACGUUUUAUCUCAAAUCUGGCAGGAAAAACCAGAGUUUUUUCGCCACUGCUGAAGCUGAAAUCAGAAACAGAUUUCAAAUGGGAGAGACAUCAUCAGACCGCCUUUGAGGAAAUAAAGCAUUAUUUAUCAAAGCCGCCGGUCUUAAUGCCUCCUUUAAGAGGCAAACCUUUGAUUUUGUACAUAUCUGCCGCAGAUGAAUCUGUUGGUUGUCUGCUGGCUCAAGAAAAUAGUAAAAAGCAAGAACAAGCUGUUUAUUAUUUGAGUCGAAGUCUGUCACAGACUGAAGUGAAAUAUUUUUCGGUCGAAAAAUUAUGUCUUGCUUUGUUUUUUGCUGCAAUAAAAUUGAGGCAUUAUUUGCUUUAUUCCGAGGUUUAUGUUAUUUCGAAAACUGAUGUGAUAAAGUACAUGUUGUCUCGACCACUAUUGCGAGGCAGGAUUGGGAAAUGGGUUCUGGCUUUGUCAGAAUUCAACUUGAAGUAUAUGCCUCAAAAAGCUGUCAAGGGGCAAGCCUUGGCAGAUUUCCUAGCAGAUCAUCCGUGCCUAGAGGUAGAAGCGGAUGAAGAAAAAGGUAUUGAUUUAUUUUCCAUAAGCCUAGUUCCUUGGAAGCUUAUUUUUGAUGGAUCUAGCAUAGAUUCCAUGUCUGGAGCAGGAAUUAUUAUUAUUUCUCCAGUUGGUUUGAAAACCCAGAUGUCAUUUCAGCUAGAUUUCAAUUGCACCAACAACCAAGCUGAAUAUGAGGCGCUAAUUAUUGGGUUGGAAGUGUUGGUAGAGCUCAAGCUCUUGGAGGAAUUUGAUGAUGUAAUAUUGAGGCAUGUUACUCGAGAUCUGAACACAGAAGCAAAUAAGAUGGCACAAAUCGCCUCGGGCUUAAAAAUCCCAGAAGGCGUGAUGAGUAUAAUUGUUGUUGUGGAAAAACGAAUUCUGCCAUCUAUUCACACGCGUGGUAUGGUAAUUUCUGCUUGUUCCCUAGAUGUAACCCAGACAGAUUGGCGUUAUCCAAUCAUGGAAUACCUCAAAAAUCCAAAUUUUAAGGCCUCAAGAAGAACAAAAAUGCAGGCCUUGAAUUAUGUUCUAUUGGAAAGUGUUCUUUAUAAAAAAGGACAUGACGAACUACUAUUGCGUUGUCUUGGUCCAGAUGAGUAUUGCCAAAUUAUGUCAGAUGUGCAUAAUGGAAUCUGUGGUGCACACCAAGCUGGAAUUAAGAUGAGAUGGCUAAUUCAUAGACAUGGGUUCUUUUGGCCAUCGAUCUUGAAAGAUUGCAUCAGCUAUGCUAAAGGAUGGGCCAUAGAUUUGAUCGGUAAAGUUUAUCCUCCUUCAACUAGGGGGCAUUCUUUUAUUAUUGUUGCCACCGAUUACUUUACCAAGUGGGUGGAAGCAAAGCCAAUGAAGAAGGUUGAUCAGACCGAUAUUAUUAAAUUUCUUAAGGAAGAAAUUAUUCACAGAUUCGGUUUGCCAGAAACAGUGACUUCAGAUCAGGGGACAGUUUUUGUUGGUGCACAAGUUGAGGCAUUUGCAAAAGAAAUGGGAUUUAGGUUACUUACUUCAACCCCUCAUUAUGCUCAAGCCAAUGGUCAAGCUGAAGCUUCCAACAGAAUUGACUUCACAAAGGAGUUCUACCAAGGUAACUCCAUUCUCUUUAACUUAUGGACAUGUGCUGUUCUGCCCAUGGAAUUGUCUGCUAGAUCAUUGCGUAUAGCAAUUCAACAUGGUCUCACUUCUGGAGAAUAUAAUGAAGCAAUGAUUCUAGAGUUAGAAGACCUUGAAGGUAUGCGAUUGAUGGCCUUAGAUAGGCUGCAAACGCAUAAAUUAAAAGUGGCUCGAGCAUACAACAAACGGGUGAAAUCCAUAAGUCUGGCAGUAGGAGAUCUGGUAUGGAAAGUAAUUCUGCCACCUGGAAAGAAAGACCCUAGAUUUGGGAAAUGGUCUCCAAAUUGGGAAGGACCAUUUUGUAUACAUGAAGUGCUUAGAGGAGGAGCAUAUUGGCUUGAAUCAUUAAAUGGAGAGUUACAUCCUCGAAAAAUAAAUGGAAUCUACCUUAAGCCUUACUAUCCUAUGAUAUGGGAGGCUAGAGGUCUGGAUGCCAUUGAUUCUACCUGAGACAGAUUUGAAGUAAGAUUUGUACAAUAUUUUAUUUCAUUGUUUAGGCAUUUUAUCAUUCAAUAAAAGUGCUGAGCCGAC